AAUUCUAAGUAAGUAGGACUAGUAGCAGAAAUGGGCCAGUUCCAUGUCUUCUUCUUUCCGAUGAUGGCUCAGGGCCAUAUCAUCCCAACCUUGGACAUGGCCAAGCUAUUCGUCUACCGCGGCGGCGCCAAGGCCACCGUCAUCACCACCCCGCUCAACCUCCCCUCCCUCACCAAAUCCAUCCAAGAAACAAACCACCUCGGGAUGGACAUCUCCGUCCGGGCAAUCCCAUUCCCCGCGGCGGAGGCCGGGCUGCCCGAAGGCUGCGAGAGGAUUGACCAGGUGGCUUCGGAGGAUUUAAUCCCCAAUUUCUUCCGGGCCACGGCCAUGCUCCAGGAACCCCUGGAGCGUCUCCUCCAGGAGGUCCGACCCACCGCCCUGGUCGCCGACAUGUUCUUCCCGUGGGCCACCGCAGCGGCGGCGAAAUUCGACAUCCCCAGGCUGGUGUUCCACGGGAUAAGCUACUUCGCGCUGUGCGCGGCGGAGGUCGUCCGGAGACACAGGCCCCACAGGAGCGUCGCCUCGGAUUCGGAGCCGUUCCUGGUGCCCCACCUCCCCCACGAGAUCAGGCUGACCAGAUCUCAGCUGGCGCCGCACGACCGGAAAGGAUCGGAGAGCUUCAUGGCGGAAUUGCACCGGAGAAUCAAGGAAUCGGAGGCGAGAAGCUUCGGGGUGGUGGUCAACAGCGUGUACGAACUGGAGGCGGAUUACGCGGAGUACUACGGGAAGGUGCUGGGGAAAAGGGCGUGGCAUAUUGGCCCUCUUUUGCGCUGCUGUGACACCAAAAUUAAAGAGAAAGCUGCGAGGGAAGAAGAAAUCGCAGCAAUUGCUGCGCCUUUGACGCCCCCCUCAUCUGAUUCCGAAAGACCAACAAGACAUGACUGCCUCAAAUGGCUCGACUCCAAGAAGCCAAAUUCGGUGAUCUACAUAUGCUUCGGAAGCAUGUCAAACUUCACGGCUUCGCAACUACGCGAGCUAGCAAUGGGCCUAGAGGCGUCCGGGCACCAAUUCAUAUGGGUGGUGCGGAAGGGGAAAGAUUCGAACGACAAGGAAGGCGACGAAGGAUGGCUCCCGGAAGGAUACGAAGCGAGGGUGGAAGGGAAAGGGCUGAUCGUGAGAGGGUGGGCCCCGCAGGUGCUGGUUCUCGACCACGGCUCCACGGGCGCGUUCAUGACGCACUGCGGCUGGAACUCGACGCUGGAGGGGAUAUGCGCGGGCGUGCCCAUGGUGACGUGGCCUCUCUACGCCGAGCAGUUCUUCAACGAGAAGCUGGUGUGUCAGGUGCUGGAGGUUGGGGUUGGGGUUGGGGCGAAGCAGUGGAGCCGGGUGACGGACGGCGUGAAGGGCGGGGAUGUGGCGGCGGCGGUGAAGAGAGUCAUGUCCGGUCAGGAAUCGGAGGAGUUAAGGGGCCGGGCGAGAAGUUUGAAGGAGAAAGCGCUGAGAGCCAUAGAGCCAGGCGGUUCCUCCAUCUCUUCUUUGGACUCCCUCUUGCACGACUUGACCACCUAUAACAAACCUUCUCCCAAAGUCAUGUGUAAUGGAAAGGUUGAUGGAGGCUUGAUGAUGUGUAAAGAAGUAUGACGUUGAGUCAUGGGACUGAAGGUGUGUGUUAUUAUAAUUGGUUGAAAUACAAGUGUCUACGUUAAUUCUUGAUUGGUUUGAGAUUUAAAAAAAUAAAAAGAAAGGGAGAGGCAACGCUCUGAUGGUGGUCACCCCCUUCGGGUCACAAACGGAAGGAGGCACGACAAUUUGGGCGUGGUGCGGCGCGAAAGAGUAUCACGUCUCUCCUCAUUGCAGAUAGUGUAAGUAAUGAGAAAGGCGACCGAUUAGUGUUUGUUUUUUCGAAGGAAAAUGUUAUUGAGGUCCAAUGACCCACAAAAGGUCAUUGUUAGUUUAUUAGGUGAAUUCUACGAUUCAAUGUGUAUGUCGUUAUUCUUCCCUUUGAUUGUUUGAUAAAACUUCCCUUUGUUA